AUGUUGCGCUUCGUUAUUGCAAUGCUUCCAAGAAUAUUACCUGCUCAAGACCUGGGAGCAAAGUAUCAAAAAGGUUAUGCAUUGAUAACUGGAGGAACAGACGGCAUUGGACUUCAAAUUGCUCUUAAACUAGUUGAGCAGGGAUUUGAUGUCCAUAUUGUUGGAUUGAAAACAGAAAAACUCAAUCAAAUUCAGCUUACCGAAAAUUCCAAAAUUUCUUUCUGCGAUUUAUCGGACAUUUCAGUAACUAAUGAAUUAUGUCAAUGGAUUGAAACAUACCAGCCCAAAUUGCUCAUUCAUACUGCAGGUUUUUGUUAUCCAUCUUAUUUUCACAAGAUAAAUAAUCCACAUAAAUACAAUCAAGCGUUUAUAACAUCAAUGGUAGACUUAACUGCCGCAUUUUUAAAGAUCCGAAAGACAAACGGAGGAAUAAUAUUCUUCUCAUCUCAAGUUUCUUUCUUUUCCAACCCAUACGCUUCUCUUUAUGCUGCUACAAAAGCAUAUACAGAACAAUUUGCUCGAGCACUAGCAAUAGAAUAUCCAAAACUUGAUAUUUUAGUUUUACUCCCCGGAGCUGUUAAGAGAACUGCAUUUUUCGAUCAUUUUCCCCAGUUUUGGGCCUUUAAACUCAUCCAAUUACUCGGUAAUGAUGUUGAAUCCGCGUCUUCGGUCGUUUUCAGAGCUCUUGGAAGAUUUUCCUCAGUCGACUUCGGAUUUUAUACAUAUAUAACUAGAAUAGGAGUUGGGCUACUAGAUGCAAACGUUAUUGAUCAGACUAGUAAGUUUAUAACUGCUCCUUUGCGUCCGAUUUUUGAUAAUGCAAAUAACAUAUAA